AUGUGGUGCGCGAACAAGGCCGCUGAGAGCGCGCCCGCACGUCUCUGUGCGGACGCCGAAGCAGAAACCGCUGCAACCGAUGUGUCAUCGGUUGCUGAAGCGUCUCAGCCUGUGUGA